CGCCUUCCGACACAACAUGGCUGCGGCGCCGCAGGCCGGAGUGGCAGGGUUGAGGCGGGCGGCCUCGAUGAUGUGCCUGGGCCCUCGGCGGCCGCCGCUCCGGGAGCUCUCGGCUCCGGCCCGGCUGUACCACAAGAAGGUGGUUGACCAUUACGAGAAUCCCAGAAACGUGGGGUCCCUUGACAAGAAAUCCAAAAACGUUGGUACUGGAUUGGUGGGGGCGCCGGCUUGUGGAGAUGUCAUGAAAUUACAGAUCCAAGUGGAUGAAAAAGGGAAGAUUGUGGAUGCCCGGUUUAAGACAUUUGGCUGCGGCUCUGCCAUCGCUUCAAGCUCCCUGGCCACCGAGUGGGUUAAAGGAAAAACGGUGGAAGAGGCCUUAACCAUCAAAAAUACCGAUAUUGCCAAGGAAUUGUGUCUCCCUCCAGUUAAGCUGCACUGCUCCAUGCUUGCCGAAGACGCGAUCAAGGCUGCCCUGGCGGACUAUAAACUGAAGCAGAGCACCCCUGAGAAAGAGGAGGCCAAGGAAGAGGAGGAGAAGAAGUGACUGAGGCCUGCCCCUUCCCCUGCUGCGGCCUGAGCUGGCUAGGCCCUCUUCUCCCCUUCCAGUGCCAUCAGUCUCACCUCAGAGGACAGGAAGCUCUUGCUCCCCAAUGAAAGAGCCAUGUGAUAAUCACGCACAAUGUCCUGUCCUCAUGGAAGCUCUAAUCAAUCCCCGGGAAACGCCCAGCUUCUGUUCUCUAUCUUUGGGCUUAUUUCUGCUCCCGUCCCCGCCUCCAGACCUGCCGUAGCUGGCCAUUGUGAACUGUGUGAGCCACGUUACCUCGUCUGUUCCCAAGAAGGACCCAAAAGAUGGAAGCGCAGAAUGGCUUUCAUCGAAAGGGACGACUCUCAUUUAGCACUUAACUGCACCUGAGUUGGGUUUGGGGGAAAAGAGCCAUUGUUACAGAUUGCCUUGGUGGAAAUGUUGGAGAGAACCAUUAUUGUACAUAAAACAGAUCUUCUAUGUAUACAUAUAUAUAUAUAUAUACACACACACAUACACCCACAUAUGAUAUAAUAAAACUAUAAGAACUCAUCUGUCCUCAAA